AUGGCGCGCCAACAUACCGCCCUCAAACUCAUCCUCCUCCUCGCCCUCCUUAUUCUUCUCUAUCUCGCCAUCACCUCCGACUUCUCCUCUCUCAUCUCACCGGCCACCCUUCCGCUCGUGCCUCAAACAGUCACCCACAUCGUCCUCUUCCAGUUCAAAUCCUCAGUUGACAACGCCACCAUCAAGAAAGUCUACAACCGAAUGCUCUCCCUUAAACAUGAGUGUCUUCACCCCGUCCGCUCGAAGCCUUACAUCCGCUCCGUAAAAGGCGGUAUUGAUAACUCACCCGAGGGUCUUCAGAACGGCAUAACCCAUGCCUUCGUCGUCGAGUUCGCCUCCGUCUGGGACCGCGACUACUACAUCCGAGACGAUCCCGCCCACAAGGCCUUCGUCGAGUGGGUUGGAUCCGCUGUGGAAAACGCCAUCGUUGUGGACUUUUCACUGGGGAGACUAGAAUAA